GCAGCCCCGGCCUUCCUACUCUUCUGCUAAGCUCUUCCAUAGCUUUCCUCUUAUUCCAUAGUAUUGCAGCCAUGAGCCAUCCUCUGCUCUUUCCUUUCCUAUUUAUCUUCUUUAGCUCUCUAAACAUCCCUCGCACUUUUGCAGCGAAUUCCAUCUCUACGAACCAUCCUCUCUCUGGAAACCAAACCAUAAUCUCUCAAGGUGGCAACUUCGUGCUAGGCUUCUUCCAACCUGGUAACAAAUCCAACCACAACUACUACAUAGGCAUCUGGUUCAAGAAGGUCUCACAGCUCACUCAAGUUUGGGUAGCAAACAGGGAAACACCCAUCUCUGACCCAACCUCAUCAGAGCUCAGAAUCUCUGAUGAUGGCAAUCUGGUCCUCCUCAACCAAUUCAAGAAGCAAGUCUGGUCUACAAACCUUACCUCCAUAGCUUCCAACUCUACCACUGCUGUGAUCCUGGACUCUGGAAACCUUGUUCUUAGAGAUGACUCUGACCCAUCCAAAGUCUUCUGGCAGAGCUUUGACCACCCAACUGACACAUGGUUACCUGGAAGCAAGCUUGGAAUGAACAAGGUGACUGGAGAAAGGCAGCAUCUCACCUCCUGGAAGAAUUCUGACGACCCUGCUCCUGGGAUUUUCUCCCUUGAAAUAGACCCCAAUGGUUCUAGCCAGUAUUUCAUAUUAUGGAAGGGAACCAGGCAGUAUUGGAGCAGUGGAUAUUGGAAUGGACAUCUCUUCACUGCUAUUCCAGAGAUGACAUCAAAUUAUAUCUACAACUUCGAGUACUUCUCCAAUGCAACAGAGAACUACUUCACCUACUCUCCUAUCGAUGAAAAUAUGAUCUCGAGGCUUGUUAUGGAUGUCUCAGGGCAAGUCAAGGAGCUGACCUGGCUGGAUGGAUCCCAGCAGUGGAUGCUUUUCUGGUCUGAGCCCAAACAGCAGUGUGAUGUCUACUCUCUCUGUGGUCCUUUUGGCAGCUGCACUGAGAAGAGCCUGCCCUUCUGCAGCUGUGUGAAGGGCUUCAGUGAGGCUUCUCCAAGCAACUGGAAUUUGGGCGAUCAGAGUCAGGGCUGUGUGAGAAACACUCCAUUGCAGUGCAGUACUAAGACCUCGGGUCGUGGGGAUAAAGAUAAGUUCUUUAUAAUGCCUGGCAUGCGAUUGCCUGUUAAUAACCAUUCUGUAGCAGUUGCUGGUAGUGAAGAUUGUGAAUUAGCUUGCUUGAAUAAUUGCUCUUGUACUGCUUAUUCUUAUAGUAAUGGAUGCACUGUAUGGUAUGGAGACUUGCUUAACUUACAGCAGCAGCCGGACGGAUCGGCCGGGGAGACCCUUUACCUCCGUCUAGCUGCUUCGGAGCUGCCAAAUUCCAAAUCAAGGAAGCGACGAUUUGUUGGAGUUGGGGUGGGCGUGGCAGUUGGCGUAUUAGCUUUAUUUGCAAUUGCUUUCAUUCUGAUUUCAGUACAUCAACGGAGACGAAUGAUUGCUACUACAAAAGCCAUGGAGAAUAAUUUGGUGCUGUUCAAGUAUGGUGACUUGCAGCGAAUAACCAAAAACUUUUCAGAGAAAUUAGGGGGAGGAGCGUUCGGUUCCGUCUUCAAAGGGCUGCUACCUGACUCGACUGUCAUUGCUGCAAAGAAGCUUGAAGGUCUUCAUCAAGGGGAGAAGCAAUUCCGAACCGAGGUGAGCACUAUCGGAAAAAUUCAGCAUGUCAACUUGGUUCGCCUUCGUGGAUUCUGCUCUGAAGGGACUAAAAGGUUGCUGGUCUAUGAUUACAUGCCAAAUGGUUCUCUAGACACUAAGCUAUUUCGAAGCAAUUCCAUGGUUUUGGAUUGGAAAACAAGGUACCAGAUUGCCCUUGGAGCCGCUAGAGGAUUAGCUUAUCUCCAUGAGAAAUGCAGGGAAUGCAUCAUACAUUGUGACAUCAAACCAGAGAAUAUCCUCCUGGAUGCCUCAUUUGUCCCAAAACUAGCAGAUUUCGGCCUGGCAAAGCUUGUUGGCCGCGACUUUAGUAGAGUUCUGACGACAAUGAGGGGAACCAGAGGCUAUCUUGCACCAGAAUGGAUCUUCGGGUUGCCUAUCACUUCCAAAGCUGAUGUUUAUAGCUACGGGAUGAUGCUUUUAGAGAUCAUAUCGGGCAGGAGAAAUGCAGAGCAAUCAGAAGAAGGAAAGAAGACCUUUUUCCCAGUGUUAGCUGUUAAUAAAGUUACAGAAGGAGAUGUUCUUAGCUUGCUGGAUCACAAGCUGAAUGGUGAUGCUGACUUGGAAGAGCUUGAUCGAGUCUGCAAGGUUGCUUGUUGGUGCAUUCAGGAUAACGAGUUUCACCGGCCAUCAAUGGGGCAAGUUGUUCAAAUUCUAGAGUGUGCCAUCGAAGUUAACAUGCCUCCUAUUCCAAGGUCACUUUAUGCUCUUGCAGAGAACUCGGAGGGCUUGGUCUUCUACUCGGACUUGUCUUCAGGUCAAAGUUUCCAAAUUAACGUCAACCAAAACUAACGUCUUCAGCAUUCUAGGGGAUAAGAAAUUGGAGAUAUUUCAUUUUCCCAUGUUUAAGUUUGAAUGAGUCUGUGCUAAUGAUAAAAAUAAAAGGAUCUCUUUUUGAAGAGAAGACUAGAUUAGGAAAAGUCAUACUCCAAAGACAAGCCGCUUAUAUAUGAUUCUCAAGUUUGACCUCAGUUGAAUGAAGCUUCCAUUUUGUUAUAGUGUUGCUCAAAGAAUGAAUGUUUAUAGUGUUGUGUUACGCAACUACAAAUUUGUUUUUCCAACUGGGCCUUAAAGAAAACUUUCAUGUUGACCGUUGUAAAAUUCAUUGAAGAAUACGCACCAAAGCAAAGUUCUUCAUGUAAGUGAGAAACUAGUAGGGUUGCAUGAAUAUGUGUAGUUCGUCAAGUGUUUAAAUUUUAUUUGCCCGAGCUGUU